UAUGUUCUAGGGCUCCGUGUUUCUGCUGGUGGCCGAAAGGAAGGCUGGUUACAACGGAUGCAGGGCCUCACUCUGUAGCAAGCCUCUUGUCUUAGCCUCCUGUGUGCUGGAUUACAGCUAUGAAUCAUCACGUCAAGCUUAAAGCUCUGGAUUCAUAUUUGGGAUUGAAUCACUGUCAGAAAAUACUUUUAAGCUGAGUUGAUGACUCCUGGAGGGAACCACUGGUCGAGCUGAAGAAUAUGAAUAAUUUCUCAAGAAAAAUACAUUACUUUUGGCACAAGAAGCAGAAUAAAAGUGAAUUAUUAUUACGUGAAAUUUUUCACUAAAAGUCACUGAAAAAAUCUGUCAGGUGAACAUAUAUUUUUGCUUUUUAAUUUGGUUAAAAGCAAUUUAUUUUUGAAGAAAAUAUGUCUCCGCUGAAGAUAUAUGGUCCUAUCAGGAUUCGAAGUAUGCAGACUGGGAUUACAAAGUGGAAAGAAGGAUCCUUUGAAAUUGUGGAAAAAGACAAUAAAAUCAGCCUAGUCGUUCACUACAACACUGGUGGAAUUCCAAGGAUGUUUCAGCUAAGUCAUAACAUAAAAAAUGUGGUACUACGACCCAGUGGAACAAAACAGAGUCGCCUAAUGUUGACUUUACAAGAUAACAGCUUCUUAUCUAUUGACAAAGUACCAAGUAAGGAAGCAGAGGAAAUGAGAUUGUUUCUAGAUGCAGUCCAUCAAAACAGGCUUCAUGCAGCUAUGAAACCUUCUCAAGGGUCUGGUAGUUUUGGACCUAUUCUGGGCAGCAGGGCCCCUCAGAAGGAAACUAGCAGACAGCUUUCUUACUCAGACAAUCAGGCCUCUUCAAAAAGAGGAAGUUUAGAAACAAAAGAUGAUCCAUUUCGAAAAGUUCUUGGCAACCCCAGUCGAGGAUCAAUUAAGACGGUAGCCGGAAGUGGAAUGGCUGUUAGCCGGACAAUUCCUUCUCUGACGCUGACAUCAACACCUCUUAGAUCAGGAUUAUUAGAAAACCGCACUGAAAAGAGGAAAAGAAUGUUAUCUGGCUCGGAGCUGACGGAAGAUUAUCCUAAGGAAAAUGAUUCAUCAUCGAACAACAAAGCUAUGACAGACCCUUCAAGAAAAUACUUAACCAGCAGUAGAGAAAAGCAGCUGAGUUUGAAACAGGCAGAAGAAAAUCGAACAUCAGGGCUUUUGCCUUUGCAGUCAUCCUCAUUUUAUGGGAGCAGAGCUGGAUCCAAGGACUACUCUUCUGGUGGCUCUAGCCUAGACAGGAGUAAUGUUUCAAGCCAGACUCCUUCUGCCAAAAGAAGCUUGGGGUUUCUUCCUCAGCCAACUCCUCUAUCUGUUAAAAAACUGAGGUGUAACCAGGAUUACACGGGCUGGAACAAACCUAGAGUGCCUCUUCCUUCUCAUCAGCAGCAGCUUCAGGGAUUCUCCAACUUGGGAAACACGUGCUAUAUGAAUGCUAUCUUACAAUCUCUGUUUUCACUCCAGUCAUUUGCAAAUGAUUUGCUUAAACAAAGUAUCCCAUGGAAGAAAAUUCCAUUCAAUGCACUUAUCAGACGCUUUGCAAACCUGCUUAUUAAAAAAGACAUUUCUAAUUCAGAGACCAAAAAAGAACUACUCAAGAAGGUUAAAAAUGCUAUUUCAGCUACUGCAGAGAGAUUCUCUGGCUAUGUGCAAAAUGAUGCACAUGAAUUUUUAAGCCAGUGCUUAGAUCAGCUGAAGGAGGAUAUGGAAAAACUGAAUAAAACUUUGAAGACAGAAUCUAUCCUUGGAGAAGAAAAUUCACCAGAUGCUUCAGCCACUAAAGUGUUCACUUGCCCUGUUAUUACGAACUUGGAGUUUGAGGUUCAGCACUCUAUUAUCUGUAAAGCAUGUGGAGAGACUAUUCCCAAAAGAGAACAGUUUAAUGACCUCUCCAUUGACCUUCCUCGGAGGAAAAAGCCUCUCCCUCCUCGGUCAAUUCAAGAUUCUCUCGAUCUUUUCUUUAGGGCAGAAGAACUUGAGUAUUCCUGUGAAAAGUGUGGUGGAAAAUGUGCUCUUGUCCGACACAAAUUUAACAGGCUGCCUAGGGUCCUCAUUCUUCAUUUAAAACGAUACAGCUUCAAUGUGGCUCUCUCACUUAACAACAAGAUAGGACAACAGGUCAUCAUCCCAAGAUACCUGACCCUGUCAUCUCAUUGCACUGAAAAUACAAAACCACCUUUCACUCUUGGAUGGAGUGCACAUAUGGCAAUUUCUAGACCAUUGAAAGCCUCUCAAAUGGUGAAUUCCUGCAUCACCAGCCCUUCUACACCUUCAAAGAAAUUCACCUUCAAAUCCAAAAGCUCCUUUACUUCAUGCCUUGAUUCUGACAGUGAGGAUGAACUAAAACGCUCUGUGGCCCUCAGCCAGAGGCUUUGUGAUAUGUCAGGCAGUGAACAGCAGCAGGAAGAUGUGGAAAAAGAUUCGAAAUUGUGUAGAUUAGAGCCUGGGAAAUCGGAACUGGAGAACUCAGGAUUUGACAGAAUGAGUGAGGAAGAGGUGCUGGCAGCUGUGUUAGAGAUAAGUAGGAGAGAAGCUUCACCCGAGCACAGCCAUGAGGAUGACGAUAAGCCAACCAGCAGCCCUGACACUGGAUUUGCAGAAGAUGAUAUUCAAGAAAUGCCUGAAAAUCCAGAUGCUAUGGAGACUGAGAAACCCAAAACAGUUGCUGAGCCAGAUCCUACUAGUUUUACUGAGAUAACAAAAGACUGUGAUGAGAAUAAAGAAAACAAAACUCCAGAAGGCUCUCAGGGAGAGGUUGACUGGCUCCAGCAGUUUGACAUGGAACGUGAAAGAGAAGAGCAGGAGCUUCAGCAAGCACUGGCUCAGAGCCUUCAAGAACAAGAGGCUUGGGAACAGAAAGAAGAUGAUGACCUCAAAAGAGCUACAGAGUUAAGUCUUCAAGAGUUUAACAACUCUUUUCUGGAUUCCCUGGGCUCAGAUGAGGACUCUGGAAAUGAGGAUGUUUUUGAUAUGGAGUACACAGAAGCUGAAGCCGAAGAGCUGAAAAGAAAUGCUGAGACGGGAAAUCUUCCUCACUCCUACCGGCUCAUCAGUGUUGUUAGUCACAUUGGGAGCACCUCUUCCUCAGGUCAUUACAUUAGUGAUGUGUAUGACAUUAAGAAACAGGCAUGGUUCACAUACAAUGAUCUGGAGGUCUCUAAAAUCCAAGAGGCUGCUGUGCAGAGUGACCGAGAUCGAAGCGGCUACAUCUUCUUCUACAUGCACAAGGAGAUCUUUGAUGAGUUGCUGGAGACAGAAAAAAACUCUCAGGCACUUAGCAUGGAAGUCGGGAAAGCUCCCCGUCAGGCCUCGUGAGGAGCAAACUCCUGGGCUGGCAACAUGAACGGCAUUUCCCUCACUGCCACCCACCUCACCUUUCCUCUGCCUGAAGAGAAUUUGGAAUUCUACUUGAUGCAGGAGCAACACACCGCUCAGGGCCAAACCAAAAGUCAAAAUUCAGUCAUGUGCAACGCUCCAUGCUGUUUAUGGAAACCUUGGUCUCAUCUACAGCUGAUUAUCCUUUUUCUCCUACAAGAGUGACGCUUCCUUUUGUCUUAGAAAUACAUGUUGUAAAUAUAUAUAUGUACAUACCCACACACAUAUACGGAAUGAAUGGAGCCUUAAAGAGCUAGGAUGAGCCACCAGAAGUAGUAUGCCUGCUCACAAUGCCACAGCUGUCUGGAGGAGAACUCUGAGUGUCCAAGUAUUCAUCUGAGGAGGGUGUGAAGAUGCAAAGAGCAUUUGCCUUUUAACUUUUGCUUUUUGAGUGGCUUCACUCGAGUCCAACCUUUCAUGUGUUUCUUAUGAGUAAAGUUCACUGGAAAGCCAGUUACACUAAUAAUAGUUUAUUUUCCUUGUAAGAGGCAUUUCUGUAGCCUGAUUUGAGUUUUAUUUUUCUUUUAAUGUUAUGACUCUCAUGCUGUUUACAUACAGUUUCCAAAAAAAAUGGAUUGUUGGUGCUUUGGAAUGUUACAAUCCCACACUUGGCUAUUUAUUAUGCACUUGGCAUUUUCUCCCAGAGAUGCCUCCACACAGUGUGUUCUUCAUACUCUUCCCACAGUAUGUUGUGGUGAUAAAGCUAAAAGCUUAUAUUUUCUUCUGUAUCGUUUUCCCAUGGAGCAGGCAUAACCCCCAGUGGGUUAAAACCUGUUGAAAAGGUUCAAAGACAGUAUUGCUUCAACUGGGACUCCUUGACAGGGAUGCUUAGGGCAGGGAAGAACUCUCGUCUCUUUAUCUCCCAGGCAGAGAAAGACAAGAGGCAUGCUGCUUUUUACAGUGCAAACUAGACCACUAAAGCUAAACACUGUUGCAGAGGUGGAAAUUAGGAGAAUUAGGGGGGUAGUUGUAGGUAAUUCCAGGAGCUCUCACAGGUGCGCAGUCCAUCUCUUACUUCUUAGGUGCUGAGUUGAGACCAAGUGAGGCUGCAGUGGCAAGUGCUGCCCGCGUCGCUUAGCAGCGCCACCUGCCUGGGUGAGCAGCUAAUGAAACCACGAAAAGAAGGAGCCUGAGGGGAUCAUCAGCUCAAGUGUCCUUAGGAUUGCACAGACUUUAGCAAAAUGAAGCCUGCAUUCAUUUUCUUCCCUGUUUUUUUCUAGCUAUUAUUAUUAAUGGAAGGGUUACUCUGCAUUCUGAGAUACGGAUGAAACCAUAUCAGAUUUUCAGGGGAUGUUAAAGCCCAUCACUGAAGAUGCACCAUCCUUCUGGAAGAUUGUUUUCAGAGAGCUCCAGCUAGAUUCUUGGAACCUGGGUGCAUUCUUACAUAAUCACCUCUUGUAAAGGUCUGAGUCGAAGUUGAGGUGUGAUGACUUCAGUGCUUUUGUGUGACUACUGAUAAACACUUUGACUUUUCCCGUCUACUGCACACAUUGUAGAGAAUGUUCCAGAGUGCACAGGUAGGGUAUGCAGUAGUUUACAACAGAGAAAAAUACUUGUUUUCAAAACUAACUUUAUGUUGGUUUCCUUCUACCAGGAGCCUCGUUUUGUUUUUUGUUUUGUUUUGCUUGAAAGUGACUGCUUAUCUCGGGUGGGGUGGUGAUUGUAUGCGUUAGCAUGCUCUCUCCCACCUCUGCACUGGAGAACUUUAAGCUGUUGAAAUGAUUAGGCUUGAUGGGAGCUCUGCAUUGCAGCAUGGAGGAAAAUACAAAUAAUACCCUGAGCCUAGGCUGCCUCCCGAGCAGCCAAAUUUGAGUUGUUUUCAUGGCUUAUUUAUGUGCUUGUUGGCUUAGAAGUGUACUUGGCACAGAACCUGGUUGGUUUGACCUUCAUGUCUUGGGCAGGACUUGUUAGUUGAAAAUAGGUUACUACUUACAACUUUAGGACCUGGAUUUUACGUUCUGUCCCUGCUAUGGCCUUGUCCGCCUUCCCCUUCUCCCUGCAUUUCUUUCGUUUUCCACUGGACUCCAGUGGCAAUUUUCCUAGACUAUUGAUUUAACACUGAUCCCAGAAUUGGGGGAUAGAGCAGUUAACAUGUUGGCCUAGGAAGUGACAGAAUUUAGAACAGCGGUGUCAGUUCCCUUCAGUCUGCAUAAUAACCUUCUAUGUAAAAUGCCAAGGGUAUGGUUACAUUACUUUAAAUGACUGACCUGGAAUCUCAUAGCAACUAGUACUCUAUGCAAUCUUGAUCUUAGCCAAAGCUUUUUGGAGGAGAAAAUAAACUAAAACUUUUUGUUUGUUUUGUUGGCCCUGUAUUAUGCAAAGUUAAAAAGCGGGUGUGGAUAUUGUUUAGUAGCCAAGACCAUCAUUUAGGCCUAUAGGGAGGCCCGGACUCUUGUUUUGUAGGGAUAGAUGUGUAUAUACACACUCGUAAGUUAUAGCCCAGCAGGAAGAAUAAGUAAAUCAAUGAAUUGUUGUGUUUAUAUUCUGAUUUCAAAUUGGUUGCUUACUUUCUAUGGUCAGGCUUAAGCUAAACAGCUCAGUAGCAGACACAGCAGGAGUAGAUGUAUUUACAUUUUAAGAUGUAGUACUUAACAGGUCGGUUAACUCUAGGUGCAAAUAAUAAACUACAUAUUUUUCUAUCUUUCUCCUUAAUGAAGUAUAAAACUCUUAGGACAAAAGCUCUAAUAGUGAAAACCUCAGCAAAGUAACUGAAUUUUUCUUUCAUACUGCAGUUGCUGUCCUUGUGACCACACAGGUACAUGUGCAGAUCUCUUAACUAGAUCUCAGUACAUGUGAGUCUUGGGUAUAUAGGGACACUUUUAGACAAUUCAACAGCACAACAUGCAGGUUACAGAAGUGUCCCAGUAAAACACUUGUGUCCAUUCCUCUUGCCUACUACAUUACAGUAGGGACAAAACCAGGUUCUGCCCUCUAACAUCUUUUUAAUGCAUUGCUUAAAAUUUUGUCUAUAUUGUCUUACCAUCUAAAAAAAAUACAUAUUUUAUUGGAAAACUAUAGUUUCUGGGCCAUAGGAGUUUUGUAACAGGAUUAUUCUGUCACCAAAGUAGACUCUUGUGUGUUUUGCUUUGGUUACUAGAUCUAAGGCAAUCUCUUUCAUUUAUACAUGAUUAUACAUUGUUUCCUUUCUGUGUGUGCUCUCUAAGGUUUGGAGGUUUUAAUUGUAGGUGUACCCAUACGGAGAAACAUUUUAGUGACAGUGGACUUCAAAGUUAGUCCCUGGGGCCUGAGAGAGAGGUGGGUAGGGGUCUGGUUAGGAUUCAGGUGUGUCAAGACAGAUGGAAGGACAACGGAGGGCAGUUGUCUGAACCAGUCUGUUGGAAGAGUGGGUGAGAGGGAGCCGCCAUGGGGUGUGCACCUGUCCCCUAGCUUCCUUCCUCUUUGCGUCUCCUCCUCAGCUUCCCUGGCCUCUUGGUGGGGCUCUCAGUGCCUGGGGGAGGGAAGCAGGAGCAGGCAAGGCUCCUGCACUUGGCUGAUGGGGCUGCUCCCAGGUUUGCUGGCCACCUUAUUUAUGAGGAGUGACUUCUGGUUCUAAUUAUGUUUGUGUGGAACGGCACUUUAUCUGUGUUUUAGCAGAGUAACUGUUCCUCUGUACCCUUUAUGGAUUUUCCUUGUUUUUGUUUCUUUUUUAAAUUAUACAGAGUUUUGUUUUGGGUUUUUUUUGUUUUUGGGUUUUUUGGUGAGUGUAUGAGAGACAUUAAAGCCUUUAUUAACCUUA